CCUACGUCGUCGGGACCUCGUAGGACUUCAUGAAUGUGCAUGCCAGGUGCUCGCCCGGUAUCUGCCAGUUAGUCUCCUGUGCAGCAUGGACCCGGUGGCCACCCACAGCUGCCACCUCCUCCAGCAGCUGCAUGAGCAGCGGAUCCAGGGCCUGCUGUGCGACUGCAUGCUGGUGGUGCGUGGCGUCUGCUUCAAAGCGCACAAGAACGUGCUGGCCGCCUUCAGCCAGUACUUCAGGAGCCUCUUUCAGAAUUCCUCAAGCCAGAAGAACGAUGUUUUUCACUUGGAUGUGAAGAACGUCAGCGGCAUAGGGCAGAUCCUUGACUUCAUGUACACCUCGCACCUGGACCUUAACCAGGACAACAUACAGGUCAUGCUGGACACGGCCCAGUGUUUGCAAGUGCAGAACGUCCUCCACCUGUGUCACACGUUUCUGAAGUCGGCCUCUGGGGAGCAGCCACCUGGCCUGCCCUGCGGUAGCACCUUCUCCCUGCAGGGCGCUCUGCCGCCAGAUGCCACCUGUGUUCUGAGUGAAAACUACGCCCCGCCCCUCCUGCCCGAGGGCCCAGCUGGGGCCCCACACGGCAGGGUUCUGGAGGAAGCACCUGCCCCUGCCCCACCCAUGGGGCUCCACCCCCCAGAGGGUGAGAUGGCCAAGCUGGACGGCAGCAGCGCCGAGCUCCCUAGCAAGCAGCCGGGUUACUACUACAAGCUCCGGGACCUGUACAGCAAGCAGUACUACAAGCAGGCCGCUUGUCCCGGCCCUGAGCGAGUGGCCGAGCAGCCUUUUGCUCUCUCCUCCUCCGCAGACCUCACCCAGCCGUGUGCAGUUAGCCAUUCCGAGUGCCUCCUGGAGUCCUCGGAGCACCUGCCCCCCACCUUCCUGGCCCCAGUGCUGAGCGACUCUGCCCCUGACCCCGAGUCGGAUGCCCCCUGCCAGCAGCCAACCAAGCAGAUGCGGCUCAAAAAGGCCAUUCAUCUGAAGAAACUCAACUUCCUGAAGUCACAGCAAUCUGCAGAGCAAGCGUCCAAACCCAGGUUGGAUGACGACUUGACCCGGAGGACGGAAUCUGCUAGUGAAAACCCAGGAGAGAAAGCAGGCAGCCACAGUGCGGAAGAAAAGGAAAGUGGGGAGCUCAGUUCCGAGCCGUUUCAGUGUGAUAUUAGCGAAGUGGAGGUGCCCGAAGCACCAGCCGCCCUGGAGGAGCAGUGCCAGAGCCUGCAGCCCCAGAGGCAAUACUCGUGCGGAUUGUGUGGGAAGCCUUUCAAACACCCGAGCAACCUGGAGCUGCACAAGCGGUCUCAUACAGGUGAGAAACCUUUUGAAUGUAACAUUUGUGGGAAACAUUUCUCUCAGGCAGGUAACUUGCAGACCCACCUCCGUCGGCACUCUGGGGAGAAGCCGUACAUCUGUGAGAUCUGCGGAAAGAGGUUCGCAGCCUCUGGCGACGUCCAGCGCCACAUCAUCAUCCACUCGGGAGAGAAGCCACACUUGUGCGACACCUGCGGCCGAGGCUUCAGCAACUUCAGCAACCUGAAGGAGCACAAGAAGACGCACACGGCCGACAAGGUGUUCACCUGCGACGAGUGCGGCAAGUCUUUCAACAUGCAGAGGAAGCUGGUGAAGCACAGGGUGCGGCACACGGGUGAGCGGCCCUACAGCUGCCCCGCCUGCGGGAAGUGCUUCGGCGGCUCCGGAGACCUGCGCAGGCACGUCCGCACCCACACCGGGGAGAAGCCCUACACCUGCGACGUCUGCGGGAAGUGCUUCACCCGCUCGGCUGUGCUGCGGCGCCACAAGAAGAUGCACGACGCUGCAGAACGAGACGGAGCUGGACCAGUGAGGCCCUCGCCCGCGUCCCCAGCGCCUCUCCAGGCCCGAGCCGAGACCACCAGGGCAAUCUAG